AAGAAAGACUUGGGAAUUAUUAUUUUCUCGUCCCCUGCGUGUGGUCUUCUUCGUCCCCUUCUUCGCCUUCACACCUUCCUUUAUUAGCAUCCCGUGGGCGACGACCGCCGCCCUCCGACCACCGGGAAGCGCCCCUGGAUUCGCUGCCCCGCGUGUACGGAUCCUACAAGAGAUCUGCUGCUUCGGCAGUUGCGAAUAAUCUGAGGUGCUUGUGAAGAGUUGAAGAGAGGAUCCUGUCUGUUUUCGGUGCCUGAAUAAUGGAGGAAGUGGAGGAGGCGAACAAGGCAGCCGUGGAGAGCUGCCACAGAGUGCUCGCCUUGCUCUCCCAGCCGCAGGACCCGGUUCAGCUCAGGAGCAUAGCGCUGGGGACAGAUGAAGCGUGUGCCAAGUUUAGGAAGGUGGUCUCCCUACUCGGCAAUGGAGGAGGAGGAGCAGGACCAUCAGGCGCAGGCGCAGGCGGGAGCGCAAGCCAUCCUAGAGCUAAGCUUGUGAGCAGAAGACAGAAUCCUGGGUUCCUCAGUCAGAAAGGCUUCCUGGAUAGUAACACCCCGGUGGUGGUGUUGAACAGCGCUCAUCCUUCGCCUAGUUCAGCGCAGUUGUAUCCUAGAACUGGAGCUUUGGAUGCGCAGAGUUUGCACCCACUUGGAGGACCUCCUAAGAUGGUCCAGCCUUUGUCCGCACAUUUUCAGUUUGGCAAUGUGUCAUCACGGCAUCAGUUCCACAAUCAACAGCAGCAGAAGUUGCAGGCUGAGAUGUUCAAGAGAAGCAACAGUGGGAUUAACGUGAAGUUUGAUAGCACUAGUGGCACAGGGACGAUGUCGUCGGUCAGGUCCUUCUUGUCAUCGUUGAGCAUGGAUGGUAGUGUGGCCAGCCUAGAUGGCAAGUCAUCGUCGUUCCAUUUGAUCGGUGGGCCUGUGAUGAGCGACCCGGUGAAUGCACGGCAGGCCCCAAGGAGGCGUUGCUCGGGACGUGGGGAAGCUGGGAGUGGCAAGUGUUCCGUGACAGGCAGGUGCCAUUGCUCAAAAAGGAGCAGGAAGUUGCGGGUGAAGAGGUCGAUCAAAGUUCCCGCCAUCAGUAAUAAGAUUGCUGAUAUACCUCCGGAUGAAUACUCGUGGAGGAAAUAUGGGCAGAAGCCAAUUAAGGGUUCCCCUCAUCCUAGGGGUUACUACAAAUGCAGCAGUGUGAGGGGUUGCCCAGCGAGGAAACAUGUCGAAAGGUGUGUAGAUGAUUCGUCGAUGCUCAUCGUGACAUAUGAGGGUGAGCACAACCAUACUCGGAUGCCAACUCAGUCUGCACAAGCAUAGAGAAUUCCUUGAUCAUCACAUCGUCUUCAUGAAGUGCCAGCAAUCCAACCCUUGUCGGCGAACAACCGCUCCAGUCUUGUUAACAAGGAUUGCAAAGUGACAAAGGAGCCAUUUUAGCUGCUGUUUGGCCUCCUCACCUACAUGCUUUGUAGCGAGAGUGAAGUGGGAGAGUGCAAAAUUUUCGUCUCCCUUUUGUAGGUAUCAAAAUGAUGAUGAGGAAGAACAAGACAUUAGAUAGGACACCUGAGAGCUCAGGGGGUAGUGUGAAGAGUUGGAAGGGAAGAUAAAAGUUGGGGCGAAAGGGACAAUCGUGUAAACUUGGAAAAAGGGGGGAACAUCGAAUAGAUCUUCUUGAAUAACCCCAAUUAACCUCCUCAUACCCCAUGUACCAAGACAGUAUCGAAACAAGUGCAGAAAAGCUGGUUUGCUUUUGUAGCAAUUCAUUCA